UUUCAUACAGCAAAGUAUAUGGUCCAAAUGCCUCUUUUGAGGUUUCAUCUUUGAAAGAAACUAUGUGAAUUGUUUGAUGCAUAUGUAAGUUCUUCCACUUGUUCCGUUUCCAAAUCAAAGUUGAAUACUUUGUGAAAUUAGGAUGAAAGAAGUACUUCAAAAAAAAAAAUAAAAAAUAAAGAAGGGUGAAAGAACAAAUUACAAGUUUGUUAUUUAAUUUUUCUUUUUAUAGUCCAUUUUCACAUUCCUAGGGCAAGCCUCCCCAAUUGAAUUGAAAAAAAAAAUAGGGCAAACUUCCCCAAAUCUAAACAAUUGAAAGGUAAUUUAGGGUUUUUAAUCUAUUUCUUCCUCAUUGAAGUGCUGACUUCACCAUUGUAGUACUCAAACCAGCAUUCUUCUCUCUUCUCUAUCUCAUAGUUCUCUUCUUGUGCGUUUUUCUCUAUUAGUUCUGUUAUUCUGCGUUCUUUUCAACAAAUUAGGUCAACAAUUGAACAAUUCUAGUCAACAAAUCAACAAUCCAUCAAAGUUUCUGGGUUUUAUUUAAGCAUCACACUUCAAAAUCACCAACAAGAAGCAACAAUUGGGUAAAUUAGGUUUAUUUUUUGUCGAUUUUAUCUCUUAAACCCUACCUAAUUUCACGCAAUUUCUGCGAUUCAGUACGAAAUUGAGGGUUUGUACUUCACUAUGUAGUUAGGAAACCUUGAUUUGCGUCCAAACAACCCCUUUCUUUCUCCUUUAGCCAUUGAUAAUAGUAAAUACGUGAGUUUCUCACUUGUCUUAAAAAAGCCCUAAUUUUUAUACUGAUUCCAGUAACAAAUCGAUGAAUUUAGACUUACCUUAUGUUAUUGUUGAAGUAUUAAUGGCGAGCAGCAGAGGAGAGAGAGAGAGAGAGAAACCCAAAUUGAUGUGAUAGUAUUGCAGAGCAUCUAUGGAAGAAGGAGAGAGAGAAUACAGGGGAAAGACUUUGGAGGGAAACUAAGAGGGGAAAAAUAAAGGGGGAGUGCAAAUAUAAAAACAAUCAGGUGUAAGUACGGAAAAAAAAGAGUCAAUGCCUGAAUUGAGCAGUCAAGAGACUGAGAGAGUACCGAAUAUAUUGGAAGAAGUGCAGAUCGGAGCGUUGAGAGGAUUUUGAUCGGAGCGCACAACUCGGCGGCGAGAUUCAGAGGUGGUGAUUGAUUAGCGGUUGGGUGGUUUUCAGGGUGGGUGCCUUGUUGAGGUAUUUUUUGGAGAGAGUUGGGUGGAUUUUUGGUGGUGGAUGAGUGAAUUCAUGAUGGGCAGGGUGGGUGGUUUUGGGGGUGGUUGGGACAUGAUUACUGGAUAUUCUUCUCUGAAUUUGUGAUUGUGGAAUAUUAAAUCAAAUUUCUAUUGUUGUCUAGGAAAACAUAGGCUCAGAGCUGAAUCUAUUGCAGUAGAUCAUAGUAUUAAGGCUUAGAGAUUAAUUUGGGUUGUCAUCUUUGAUUGUAUGCACAAGAAGCCUCAUCUCAGCUCGCCAUAUUCAAAGGGGUUGCUGACUGGGAGAAAAUCACAUGUAAAACCUCAUGGAUCCCAAAAAUGCUGCAGAGAUGUUGAAGCACUUGGAGAAGCAGAAUGAGUUACUCGACGAUGCUUAUAAGAAAAUGUCUCAUGAAUUGCACAGGCUGCAGGUAGAAGAAGAAAUGCUAAUGCGUAAGUUCUAUGAGCUCACAUCUGCUUUGGGCUUGAAUAAAAAGAGUGAAGUGAACAGAAUAGCAGCUAUUGAUGCAGAAAAUGACGAACCUAACACUCAAGCUGAUGAAAGACAUGAACAGCAGUAAAUUUCAUUAAGCGGGAUGGGAUCAGCUUGAGAAUUGGCUAGCAGCUGGAAAAGGAACAAAACUGUAGUCUAGGACUCUAGGGAUUUAAUAAAUUUGAAAAAAAUUAAAUUUUUUUGCAUCUUUGAUUGCAUUUCCUUAAGCCCUUAUCGAAGAUACUGUGGAAGUUGAUUGAUAUUGUAAGCAUAUCUUGAUUUUGGUUUUUGUAUAAAGUUGUAUAUAUAUACAAGGGAAGUUUGUUUAGAUGAAAGUUGUUUACAGUACAAUGAGAUUUUAUUACAGUAGAAAGCUAAAAAUAGUGAAGAAGCACAAAUUUUGAAGGAAAA